AUGGCGAUACUCGAUCGGUUUAGAGGGCGCGAUAGUACGUCGACUUCCGAGUCGACGGUGCUGGAGAAGGAUGUCGAGGCGAAGCCGCAGAUGCUCAAGGGAGGCAUGAAGGAGAUUUUUCGAAUGCGGAUUAUUGCCAUGGCGAUUAUUGUGUCUAUGGGUGGUUUCAUCUUUGGAUACGACACUGGACAAAUCUCGGGUUUCCUUGAGAUGCCGGAUUUCCUGGAGAGAUUUGCGGAUAAUAGGGAUCCACAGACGGGAAAACGGUCGUUUAGUAAUUGGAAGUCUGGGUUGAUUGUUGCGUUGCUGUCCAUUGGUACUUUGAUGGGCGCCUUGAUCGCAGCCCCGAUUGCCGAUAAAUUCGGCCGCAAAUACUCGAUCGUCUUCUGGAACAUUAUCUUCUGCGUGGGCGUCAUUGUGCAGAUCACUACAACAAACGUCUGGUACCAAAUUUCACUCGGACGAUGGGUUGCCGGUCUUGGUGUUGGAGCACUAUCUGUUCUCACGCCCAUGUACCAAUCCGAAACCGCACCCCGCUACGUCCGUGGCGCCCUCGUGUCCUGUUACCAACUCUUCAUCACCCUCGGCAUCUUCACCGCCUACUGUAUCAACUUUGGCACCGAAAAGCGCCGUAGCUCAUACGCAUGGAAGCUCCCCAUGGGCAUCGGCUUCAUCUGGUCUGCAAUCAUGAUCGCCGGUAUUCUCUUCAUGCAAGAGUCUCCCCGAUGGGAGUACCGCAAGGGAAAGACGAAUAGUGCAAAACACACUGUCGCCUUGACAUAUGGUGUUUCGGAGGACCAUCCCGAAGUGCAGCGUGAGAUCCAGGAGAUUCAGAGGAAGUUUGAGGCGGAACAGGCGGGUGGGGGAAAGCAUCCUUGGUAUGAGAUUUUUACCGGUCCAAGGAUGGCGUACCGUGUUUUGCUCGGUGUUGCACUUCAGGCUUUGCAGCAAUUGACAGGUGCAAACUACUACUUCUACUACGGAACCACAAUCUUCAACUCGGUCGGCAUCCAAAACUCGUUCGUAACAUCCAUAAUCCUCGGCGGCGUAAACUUCGGCAUGACGAUCCCCGGUCUCUACGUCGUCGAGCGGUUCGGCCGUCGUCCAUCACUCAUCGUCGGUGGCCUAUGGAUGUUCAUGUGUUUCCUGGUCUUCGCCUCGCUUGGUCACUUUGCUCUCACAAACGCGGAUGGAACGUCCAACCAAGGCAUCGGCUACGCCAUGAUCAUCUUCGCCUGUCUCUUCAUCGCCGGAUACGCAAUGACAUGGGGCCCCAUCAUCUGGGCUGUUGUUGGCGAAAUCUAUCCUUCGAGAUACCGUGCUAAAUGCAUGGCUCUCGCCACUGCCAGCAACUGGACCUGGAAUUUCCUCAUCUCUUUCUUCACACCAUACAUCACAUCGGCUAUUGACUACCGCUACGGCUACGUCUUCGCCGCAUGCUGUUUCACCGGCGCAGUAGUCGUCUACUUUUUCGUCUGCGAGUCCCACGGCCGCACCCUCGAGGAAAUCGACACAAUGUACAUUCUACACGUCACACCGUGGAAGAGCAAGCAUUGGGAGCCGCCCGCCAACGAGGAGCUGCCCGCGCUGGAUAACACAUACCUGACGCCUGGAGCGAGGGGUAUCAAGAAGGGCAACGAGGCCAGGGCACCCGAGCAGUCGAGGAAGGAGAGUAUACCGACUGGUGAUGUGCAAGCUAGCGGUGCCAGAGGGGAGUAG